UCCCUCUUCUCAUUUGUUUCUUUGCAUAUAAUAUCUCAACAUACAGUGUGUACGGAGUAUAGUGACGUUUGUUUGGACACGCCUUUGUUGCUUGCUCUCUCUUUUCUCUCUCUCUAAAUUUUCCAUUUUUUUUUUUUUUUCUUCCCAUGAAGAAAUAUAAACCCACCACUAAUUUGUGAGUGCUUUACCAAUUGACUUGACAGACAUCAAAAGAAAAAAAGACUUAUAAAAUCUGACAAUCAGAAAACCAACAAAAACUUCUUGCUCCUUUGCUCUUUGUCUUCUUUCUCUUCUUAGCAUAAAUCCACCUCUUCUCCCUCUCUCUUGCUCGCCUCUUUUACCACAUUCUUUUUCUCUCUUUUCCUUUUGGGGAAAAUUAAGACACAGAGCGAGAGAGAGAAUCUGGUUCUCGUAGUGGGUUCUCUUGAUAAAUUUGUUUUUGGGUGUUGUUUAGUUUCUUUCUCUUUUUUGUUUUUGGCUAUGGAAGCUUGCUCUGUUCUUGAAGUAGACAUAAACGGAGAAGAAACUGUCUUUCUCAAUAAGCAAAUCAUAUGCAAGUAUUCUGGAACAUUCAGGAAACUGCUUGGGAAAUCUACUAGUUCCAAUGGUAAUCUCAAGGUUAUCUUUAAUGAUUUCCCCGGUGGAGCGGGAACUUUCGAGCUUGUAUCGAGAUUCUGCUAUAACAACGGUCAUUUUACUGUGAUGCCUUCGAAUGUAGUCUUCUUGCAUUGUGCUGCUACGUUCAUGGAAGUCCCUAAAGUCUUGCAAAAAACAAAAAAGUGUAUGGAAGAGAUUCGUUAUUGGGCUUGGCCAGAGGUUCUUCUUGGUUUGAAACAGUGUCAAGAACUUGAAACAUCGCCUGAAGCAGAUCCUUUAGCCUCGAUAUUGAUGGAUGCGCUUGUGGAGAAACUGUGUUUAGCCAUUGAAACGAGUCCCUCUAGUGCUGCUUCUGCUUGUUCACCAGAUAGCAGCUUGUUUCGGUUUUCUUGUGACAGUAAAAGCACAGAGAGUUUCAAAAAUAGCUCUGCUCGGUCAACAUGGUGGUUCGAUGAGGUUCUUGUUCUAAGUCCUCGUUUGGCUGAAAUGUUCUUGAAGCUGAUGAUCUCGCGGAAAUUUGACAAUCUCAUCAUAAGUAGAUUCUUGUUUUAUUACCAGAAGGUCAAGUUUUGCCCAGCGUCUUCUAAUGAGAAAAGAAAGAUUCUUGAAACCGCCAUUGAUACGCUUUACGUGUUAGACCGAAGCUGUGUUCCUUGCAAGAGCCUUUUCGGGGUUUUGAGGCUCGCUCUUGGAUUGAACAUAAACAAAGGCAGUAUGAACAAGCUAGAGCUUAUGAUUGGUCAUCAAUUGGAUCAAGUAACACUUGACAAUCUUCUUGUUCCAUCUCCAUUGAAAUCGAGUCACUUGUACUAUGUGAAUCUCGUUCUUAGACUCACAAAAGCUUUCCUCGACGAAGCAAGAAGAGGAUCACAACUGAAGAAAGUGGCGAGCUUGAUUGAUCAGUACAUAGCUGAAGUAGCACCUGAUCCUUGCUUGAAAUCUUCAAAGUUUCUAUCUCUCCUCACACUCAUUCCAGAUUCAGCUCGAGAAUCUCAUGAAGAUAUCUACCGUGCUAUUGAUAUGUAUCUCGAGGCUCACGCAGGAUUAAACAAUGGUGAGAAACUCAGCUUGGUAAGAACAUUAAGUUACGAGAAGCUUUCAAUCGAAUCAAGAGCACACAUGUCGCGUAACACAAAGUUUCAAGAGAUUGAGACACCAGAUGAACAACAACAACAACAACAGAAGCAGCUCAUACUCCAUGUGGAGAAGGUGGAGAUUUCAGGAGAAAAUGAGAAGUUGAAGGAACAUAUUGAAGGGAUUCAAUGGAGGGUAAUGGAAUUGGAGAGAGCGUGUUUGAAAAUGCAGAAUCAGAUGGAAGUUAUCAAGAAGAGAUCCAAGAGCACGAGCAGAGGAAGCAACAGAUCGCUUCCUAAGCUCUGUUCUUGAUUAGUAGUGUAGCUUAUAUUUGUACAUAAGAGUUAUAGAGAGAGCUUAAGGAGUCGGAUUGUACUUACAAUUUGUUUCUUAUUUCUCAAAGUAUUUAUCUUUUCUUGUUUA